AUUAAACUAAAUAUAAUCAUAACUAAGGAAUUUGCAUUUUUCUACAUUUUAAAAUGGCUACAAGCUGUGGAUACGAAUUUCAAUUAAAGCAUCUGCGAUUCGAAAGCGCGAACGAAAACAAUUUUUACGAAUUUCAAUGGUCAAAGAAAAAAUCAUAUUUUGUUUUGUAUCGUGCUUUCACCCUGCUCUAUCACUGGGGCUGGUUAAUAGCAAGCUGGGUGUUUGCCGAAGAAGACAUUGCUUACACUGCAAGUAAUUGGAGUUUUUUCUUUACCGGCAUUUAUUACUUAUGCGCGUUUAUCACUGCAUUAUAUGGACUAAUUGCGCGAAACGACCAUGAAGUCGAAAAUCGAGAAGCACCAAAUACCGGCAGGUCACAUAAAACAGAAAAUCCAGGUGGACUGAGAUUCUUUCACAAAGUUACUUGGUUCUUUCAAGUACAAGCAAUUGAUUUUGUUAUUUUCGUCACAGUUCUGUACUGGGCACUUCUGGCACCUGAUGUCCCAGCAGAAACACUGAGAAUGCCUAUCGGCCAACAUAAACAUAGUGUGCAAGGGAUAAUGCUUCUGAUAGAUAUUUUUGUAGUCUCUAUUCCCACACGUUGGAUACAGUUUGUUUACAGUGCCUUGUUCGCAUUGUUCUACGCAAUCAACACAGUUAUCGUACACUUUGCCGGAAUAAACUCCCAAAUAUACGGAUUUCUCGAUUUUGUCAACUCCCCCGGCAUAGUGGCAGGAGUUCUUCUUAUGAAUGUAUUUGUGGUGCCUAUCAUAUUGCACACAAUCACAUUUGCAUUUUAUCAUCUGAAGAUGUUGAUUUAUCGCUGCACACUUGGAAAGAAGCAGAGAAUGUCCGAUCAACCAGCUACAUUCAAUACGGGGCAUGACAAUGUUGCCUUUUCAUCGUGAUGCGUUCCCAUAUUCAUGAUGAAUAUUGCAACAUUUUUCAAAGGGCCAAUUUUCGAUUCAUCGUUCGAUUAGGAACAACAUCCGGAUAUCAUGUUCGAAAUCUAUACAAGAAUGGCGGCCACCCGCUACAUGAAAAAAUUUCACAAACAAAAACAUAUGUCUGAAGUAAAUAAAACUUAAUAUCAAUGAAAAUAAAAUCAUGUUCUGAUUCAAGGACGAUAAACUACGCAGAUCACAUUCAACUAUUACCAUAUUUGUCAGACAUGAAUUACGUGACAAUAAAGUCAAGCGUUUUACGUUUGUCAAAACGACGAAUAAAGUAAAUAUUUAUGUUAAAACUUUUGCGGUUCGUGUCUCUCAUCAUUAGUAGAGGUUAUUUCAUUUCUGAGUUGUACGCAUUACCAUACCUCUUCCGUCAGUAACUUAAUCUGUGACAUCAUAUUUUCUUAUUAAAGAUAAACUUUAUUUUGAAUUUCAAAGCCGUACAAAUUAGUGAAUUUUGUUUGAUGAUGCUAAUAUUGAUAAUGAUGAUUUUGUCAUAUUAAAAUUACCUCAUAUUUGUACGCACUGCAUUUUAGGAUUUAUUUAACAACCAAUAUUAUUUUGUUAAAUUUGAAGAUGGCUUUGCAAAGUAAUUAUGCUUUGGCGUUGAAAAGUUAUGCUCAUAAUAUGUCAUUACAGAUUGAUGC